AUGCGAAGGCUAGGCGUUCAGCAGUGGCCUCAGUUUGAUCGUGAUCGUAUUUUCUGCAGUGUCCCGCAUAUCUUAGCCGCCACGUGGGGUUCUUCAUCCGAUGCUCGCGCGAGUCGUCGGGAAAGGGUUCCGGCUUCUCUGCUGCAUCCUUCUUCUUCGUCGCAUGGUGCGGUACGCUCCUCUCCGGUUUGUGUUGGAGGGGUUCAUCGGGCGAUCCCGUAUGCAGAUGUGUUAAGUGAUGUGGUGGCAAGCUCCUCUUUGCGGGGAGGACACAGGGGAAUGGCCAAGUCCAACCCCUUGAAUUCUAAAGUUGAGCCCGAAAGGGCGGUUGGUGGGUCAGGUGAAGUGAGUCCGGUCGUUCCUCGGGACGAGGGGCCGACAAAUGUUGGUGUGCUUCCCACGGGUGGCUUCAUGGCUGAUGCUAUUGGCUCUUCUCUCCAUGGGUUAGAGUCUUUGAAGCGGCCUUCUGAGGAUGUUUUAGCGGAGGAUGCGUCUGGGGAAACCCUUAGGCCCCACGGCGGGCGCCAAUUGUUGAACCAUAGAUCCGGGAAAAGAUAG